AUGCUCGCUAGAUUCACCUUGGGAUCGCCGAUUCGAAAAGGGCCUCGCCGAGAGCGUGUGCCUCGAUCAGAGCGUGCCAUCCCCAUUACUCGUCCGCAAUCGGCGCCAGCUUCCCCGGCGAGGGGUCGCGCCGUCACUUGCCGCGGUCCGUUUAGUCACCGCGUGAAGGAGCAGCAGCAACACCAGCAGCAGCAGCAGCAGCAGCAGCAGCAGCAGCAGCAGCAGCAGCAGCAGCAGCAGCAGCAGCAGCAGCAGCAGCAGCAGCAGCAGCAGCAGCAGCAGCAGCAGCAGCAGCAGCAGCAGCAGCAGCAGCAGCAGCAGCAGGAGCAGCAGGAGCAAGCCUCCCACCGUCCAGGUUCCCCGUUUUUCGGACGAUCUUGCCAGUCGCGAUGUUCCCAAAGCUUUCCGCCCACCUGCGGAAUCGGAAUCCCGCGGACUCCGCGCUACCGCCGUUACCUGUGCGGCGUGCCGUGCGUCGAUGACGUGGAUUGGGACCAGGAUGUCAUGUUCCCGGACGAUGAUGACGUGGCUGAUGACAGGGACGGGCGAGAUCAGACGUGUAACACAGACGGUGGCGAAAAUCGUGCUCUUUUCGCGGAAGUGACACGGCGGGCGCUAGGGGCCGAAAACAGUCUAGGAGGGGAAAACGCGGCUGAAGGAGGGCGAAACGCAAUAUCAUUAGGAACGGAAAGCGCUUUUGCGGACCGGAACGCACAGACAAGUCCAGACAAGUCGGAGAUACCGAUGCUACACAGAAACGAUGUUUCUUACAGAGGAGUCGAAGCGCCUAGAGAGGCUAUUCAUGGUUCGCUGAGGCGGCGCGAGGGGCGGGGGACGCGGGGAGCAAGGAGGGCGCGGAGCCUUCCGCCGAACUGCAGCGGUCUGCUUGCGGACGAGGAAGGGGACUCCGCGGAGUCCGCGCGGGCGGCGGAAAUUGUCGCCGCAGGGGGACUGGCGCGAAGGGCGGAAGGCGGCGGAGCAUUCCGCGGGAUUAGUCCGCGCACUUGCCGGUCGCAGAGUCCGCGCGGUCGGCGGAAAGGAGGCGGAAGGGCUGGCGGCGGCCAUGCGACGAUUUUCGGCAACGAAAACGACUCCUCUGCGACUGCGGGGCGGAGCUGGUGGACCGCCGAUGGCGUCCCCCCGGCGGAUGCGGCGUCAAUCACGGCGAGCGACGCGGACAGCGGAGUAUCUUCCGUGCGUCUUCGCAAUCAACACGACGACGCGAGAUCGCCGUGGGAAGGCGGCGCGGGGCGCGCGCUGGUGGACGUGGAACGGCGGCAAUCGCGGAGUUUGGACGGCAACGGACGGCUGCGCGAUUUUGCGGCCGGCACGACAGCAAGCGGAGACGGCGGCUCCGGUCGGUCGGCAGCAUUUUCAAAAAGGCCGCCGGCGUCUGUAGUUAUUGUAAAACCCGAAGCGGCGCUUCAGGAGAGGCCGGCGGCAACGAGAGCGGGGAACGGCGCAUCUGGCGAGGCCAGCGCAAGUGCGCGGAAGGGCCCAAGCGCGGGGAACGGCGCAAGUGCGGGGAACGGCGCAAGUGCGGCUACAAGAGAUGCUUGCGCGGACGUGCCUGGUGACGUAGCAGGAAGCGCGCAAGCGGAGCGAGCGGAAGGAAGAGGGCGGGCAGAGGAGGCGGAGAAGGCGCAAGGCGAGAAAGGGGAGGAAAGCGGUGGCGGAGAGCGCGCAGCGGAGCCCCGCGGGGGAGGUGUCAGACAGGGGAUAGGGGGAGGCGGAAAGGUGUUAGGCGCAAGGGGGCAUGGGGGGAACUCGGUGGACGGAGGAGCAGCAAGAGAGGCGAGCGAUAGGGAGGCAUGCAGCAUGGUUGAACUGUGGAACCCGUUUUAUAACGACGACGUGAUUAGUAUCAAAUGCAGCAGCAGCAGCAGUGAGUCUGGUGAGGGUAGUGGCGAUGAUGGUGAGAGGAUAGAGAGGGGAAGGAGGGCGAAGAGAGGCACGAAGGGGAAGAGGGGGAGGAGGGCAGGCAGUGGGAGCGGGGAGAAGGAGAAAGAGGAGCUUUACAGUGGUAUCGGCGAGCGGGAGGGAGGGGAGGGAGGGGAGGGAGGGGAGGGCGAGGAGGGCGAGGUGGGAGAGGAGGGAGAGGAUGAUGGGUUGUCGGAUGGUGAUGAUGCUGACCAAGCUGCUGCUGCUGCGGCGGCUGCUGCUGCCGAUGGCAUUGUUAAUGCUGCUGCUGCUGUGGCUAGUGGCGGUGCUGCUGCUGCUGCAGCAGCUGCUGAGCAGCCUGAAGCCCAACCGCACGUGGCAGCACAGGACUACUUCCCAUUCGACGGGUUCUUCCAGCCCCGAUUCGAUCAGCUCUCCUCCACCGACUCGUCCUGCUCCCCUGACCUCGUGUUCUCCUUCCACCCCCCCAACCCCACCGCACACUCCCUCCCCUGCUCCCCCCUCGAUCCCUCCUCUCUCCUGGACGGCACGCCGUCCCUCUGUGCUCCUCCACCCCCCCUAACUCUCUCAUUUGAGAAUAGAGGGAGUGGUGGUGAGGGUGAGGUGAUUGCAGGGGGUCUGUCGGCUACAGAGGAGGGUAAGGAGGGCACUGAGGAGCAGCAGCAACUGCAGCCACAGCAGGAGAAGCAGCAGAUGCAGAAGGAGCAGAAGGAAGGACAGCAGGAAAGGCCAGCGGAUGUGGAGGUAGUCAAGCCUGCUUUCAAGAACAUAAAGAGCUGCAUAGGAAACGCCGCCGGAAUGGGGAGCGAGAAGAAGAGGAAAAUGUGA